CGGUUCGCCGUGCCCGGCCCGGCCUGAGGGCGGGCGGUGCCGCGGCCGCGCCUUCCCAGCGCCCCGCGCGGCGCCGCCCGGCCCGGCCCGGCCCGACCUGACGGGGGAGCGCGGAACCGCCUGGGCCCGGCCCGGCCCGCUGAGGGAGCGCGGAACCGCCUGGGCUCGGGGCUCAGCCCAGCCUGCUGAGGGAGCGCGGAACCGGCCCGGCCCGACCCGCCGGGAGAGCGCGGAACCGGCUGGGCCCGGGACCCGGCGCUCGCCGAGAUGCCGCUGCUGGUUAACGGGGCGCGGGUCGACCUGAGGCGGCCCACGGGGGACAUGAUCCGCGCCCACCCACAGCUGGAGGAAAAGGCAAAACUUCUGAGAAGUCAGCCUGCUCAAAUUGUGGAACCCAAAGGCCUUCUCUAUGUCCAGCAGAGAGAAUUUGCAGUGACUACCCCUAAAGAUGGUUCUGUUUCCAUUCUUGGAUCAGAUGAUGCCACUACCUGCCACAUAGUUGUGCUCCGACACACAGGCAGCGGAGCCACGUGCCUGACGCACUGCGACGGCUCCGACACCGAGGCCGAGGUGUCGCUCAUCAUGAGCUCCGUGAAGUCCUUCUCUAACUCCUCAGCCUGUGGCAGGCUGGAAGUGCACCUAGUUGGAGGUUUCAAUGAUGAUAGGCAGUUAUCACAAAAACUUACUAAUCAGCUUCUUAGAGCGUUUGACCUCCAGCUAGAGGAUGUUCAUUUAGUGACUUUCUGUGUAACAGAACUAAAUGAUAGAGAAGAAAAGGAUAUUCACUUUCCAAUCAUUUAUGGAAUAGCUGUGAAUGUUAAAACAGCUGAGAUUUUCCCUGCAACCUUCCCAGAAAAAGGGCCAGAUGAGGAUCUGCGUUCAGCCCAUGUUUUAACAGGAGCACCACUGACCAACAUCUACGAUGCAAAGACAGAACAGCUCCGGAUUGGGCCUUACUUCUGGGGGCCUUUCCCACACGUGGAUUUCUGGUUGGAACAAGAUGAUGCACAGAUUUUACAGAACCUUUCCACAUCGCCCAUGGCUGAGCCCCCCCACUUUGUUUCCCACAUUAGAUCUACAUUAACAUUUCUAAAAGAACAUCCAUUUCCAUCUCAGUCCCUGUUCCCUGACAGGAAACCUCGCAUCUACAAAAAAAAUGAAGAAGGGUUGUGGGAACAGGUUUGUUAUGACAAAAUCUAACCUGGAACCCACAACUGCUUUAGGGAAGUACAAUCUUGCAAGAAGAGCAAUUUGUUGCAAAUGGCAUAUUGCUGCUCACAAAUACCAUUGUUCCUGUGCUUUUCAAAAUAAAAUAUUUUGAUAGAAGUAA